AGAAGUACCGGGUUGUUCUUGCAGCUCUGCUUUCCAUCUCUCCGCGCGCGACACUGGCAAAAACAUACUUCUGAUUCAGCCUGUCCACUUAGCUGUAAAAGUACAUUAACCAGAACUGCUUGGCAUCUUCCUGAGCAAGACUCCAUUAGGGCCCAGUAUGCUUCACUUUAUCCAGAAGUUUUCUCAAGCAUCUCCAAAGAUGCUGAAGUACCCUUUCACAGUUGGACUAGGAGCCAGCAGAAUAGAAACACUUUCUCUCAAGACAUGUCUCCAGCAGAACUUUUCACCUUUGUUUCUAAGGCCUUGGUCUUUCUCAUCACUUCCAGUGUGUAUGAGCAAGAUACAAUACUAUCAUACUUCCCCAUGCAGCUUUAAGAAGCAGAAGCAAGAAGUACUUCCAGUUAGGCCACCAAAAACUAUUACAUACCUGCCUGACAGCCCAAAGCCAGCAUUAUAUGUAUCUCUGGUGGGACUAAUCCCCUUCUUUGCGCCACCACUGGUCAUGGUGAUGACAAAGACUUAUAUUCCCAUAUUAGCUUUUACUCAGAUGGCUUAUGGAGCCAGUUUCCUAGCUUUCUUGGGAGGGAUCAGAUGGGGUUUUGUUCUGCCAGAAGGUAGUCCAGCCAAACCAGAUUUCCUCAAUUUAGCGAGUAGUACAGCUCCUGUUGUGUUUGCAUGGUCUGCCUUCCUUAUUUCUGAAAGUCUCAGUGAAGCUAUAGUCACAGUAAUAAUAGGUUUGGGAAUAGCAUUACAUAUUGAACUUUUUCUCUUGCCACAUUAUCCCAAUUGGUUCAAAGCCCUGAGGAUAGUAGUCACUUUAGUAGCCUUGUUGUCAUUUGUACUCACUUUACUACUAAAAGACAUUUAUCCAGAGAAAGGACCUAAGAGACCUGGUCAAGUAGAAUAAAUACAAAACUAUUCUGUAGAUGACGUUAGCAUGUUGGCUAUAAGCCUUAUAAGGUUGUUUUGCAUUUCCUUUUUCUUCUACUCCUGUUUGGCUUUUUAUUUCCUACCAAAGGUAAUUUAUUCACAUUUUUUUCAUUUCUAGAAAUCUUUAUUUCAUAGGAAUUAUAUGAUCAACAACUUAAAAAUCCCUAACAAGUCCUUUUUAUGGCAUAUUACAUUACAGUUCUCAUUCAUUCUUAUGAAUUAUAAAGUUGUCCACUCAUACAUUUCAAUUUUUUAAAUUAUUUUGAAAAUGUAAAAUGUUUUAAAAAGGUGAAAAAUCCCUUUUGCUAGAGCCUAUGAUCACUGAAAAUAUAUACACAUUCUCCCAUUCGAGAGGAAAACUUCAAUCCAUAAAUGUCUGAAAGUAAUAAGUGGUUCUAGGGUGGAGUUUUCAUUGCAGUUUCCCCUGGGAAUUGCAUUUCCAAGCUCAUUUUACCUGGUAUAAUCUAGUUAUAUGAGCUGUAAGGAUCUGUGGCUCUAAAGUCAUUUGGGAGUAGUGUCACGAGGGGAAGUCAUGUGUAAAGAGAAGUUGGACUCAUUUCCAGUUUUGUUUUGUUUUUUAGUCCUCACCCGAGGACAGUUUUUGAUACUUUGUUCAGAUAGA